AUGGCGGAGCCGGCGGGGUCUGCUGUCCAGUCGGGCGUCACCCGUGCCAUGCCCUCCCACAAAACCUGGACUGAGGCUGACGGAGACGAAGAAGAGGUGCAAUACGAGGACGCAGAGGACGGCCCCAUCUUCUCCCUCUCCAAGAGCUCCAUGGACGUGCUCAUGGCCACGGAGCCCAUCCACCCCUGGGACCCGGCCGUGACCCGGCAGGACCUCCGACGCAGCUCCAGCACCAACACGCACACGGAGCGCCAGACCUGCAGCCUGCAGCAGCUGCGCGAGCGGCAACUCACUGAGGACGCCGCCGCCGCCGCCAACAAGGCGCUACCGAUCCCACGCCCCCUCAGCGAGCGAUGGAGCACCUGUAGCACGCGCAGCGACUGCAGCACCCCGGACAGCGUCAUCUGGAGGGGAGGACCCGGGCGCCCCAAGAGUCUGAUCCAGGUCGCCCCCUCGUCAAAGCUGGCUCACCCUGCUAGCCCGUCGCCGCCCUUUGACUCUCCUGAAACACCCCCCGUGUCGCCCUCCACCAGACCCCCCUUGCCUCUGUCUCCUUGCGGGAAGCAACCGCCGAUGUCCUCGCCUACACCCGCGUCACCGACCCCCGAGGUUCCUGCGAGCCCACCCAUCCCACCCUCCGCCCCGCCGCCCACCUCCCCUGAACCCCGCCGACUCCCCAGCAUGGAGUACGAGCACAUCCCGUCAGCCUGUGGCUCUCCCUCCUCUCCUACCUCACCUCCACAUCGGCCCGUCGGCCCAGGGAGCGACGGCGGCGUUGGGGCCGGUUCCCAUCGAGGCGCGCACCCCGUCCAAGCCUCGGAGGAGCUGCCGAGCGUGUUUGGGAGCGCACGCUCCGUGGUCGGGGGUGAGGAGGAGCACCUGCCGCCGACCCAAACAGAGGGACGAGAGCCGCCGAGACAAGGCGGGUCGCCAUGGCAACCGGGAUCCUCAGCCGCCGACCUCGGUGUCAGUCGCAGAUGGCGGUCCCCCUUGGCGUCCUCCCUGAGUGACACGGGCCUGAGCGCGCGCUGCAGGUGCAGCUGUGGUCAGUCGAGGCUAGAGACCCCCGGGCCUCCAGGGGGAAAGGACCACGGCAGGGACGAGGUUCAGGAGGAGCAGGAGACGCCCGGGUCCCCCGUGAGGUCGGUAGACGCUGCCGUGCAGACGGCCUCCCCGCCCGGCUCUUGGUCCGGCCUGAGGAAGCACACGUCCUUCGCGUCCGCCUCCCACAUGGGCUCCCACUCCGUCCUGGGCUCCCCACCCGGCUCCCGGCUCAACCUGCGCUCCCCCGUGGGCUCCACCUCCAACCUGGUCUCGGCCACCUCCAGCAUGUUCUUCCAAGACGCCGGAGAGGAGCGGGAGGAGGAGAAAGGGGAGGAGGAGGAGGAGAAGAGCAAGAAGAGCUCCUUGAUGUGGGAGACCCUCGCGCCCGCCGCCGCCGAGCCCCCGGAGCGCAGGAGGUCCUGCCUGAAGGUGCAGGGGGAGGAGCGGCCCCGGGGGAGGGGAGGCGAGCUGGGCCGGCGCGGCAGCAUGAAGCAGGUGCAGUGGGACGAGGAGGGCAUGACCUGGGACGUCUACGGCAGCUCCGUGGACCCCGAGGAGCUCAACGUGGCCAUCGAGAGACACCUGACCCUCCGGGGGGACAAGGACAAACAAGGACAGAGCCCCCCGCCGCCCAGAAGCAAGUGGAGGCUGAAGGCGGCCACCAGAGUGGCAGGGACCACGCUGAGCCAAACCAGAGCUGCUGAGGUCACCGUUUUAGGCUCCAAGGAGCCGCCACGGCUGGCCACGCCCACCGUGGACCCUGAGGGCGAGGCCAAGGCCGAGAGCGAGCUGGAGAAAGGCAAGAGAAAAAAGCAGGAGCUGGCAGCGGAUGUCGGCGGGAAAAGGAAGAUUGAAGUAAAGAGGGAGAAGGGGAACGGUAAAGGGGAAGAGAAGGAGACACCGGAACACAGGUCCUCCCCCUGCAUGAGCCUCAGCCUGACGAAGGGACUGAAGUGGCCCCGUGUGAAGCCCUGCUGCGGGGGCUCCAGCCAAGACCACAACUGAGUACAUUUUUAUUUGCCACGUUUUUAAUACUAUUAUCAACUUAUUUUCCGGAUGUAAGGCUAAGGUGAAGGCUGCACGGCAACAAUGACGUACAAGGUGGUGUCAUUGAUCCCUUUCGAAAAAAGAACGCAACAGAAGAUGGGCGUGAUCCAGUACCCUUGUUUUAAAUGGACCAAUGUAUAUUGCUGGACCAAAUGACCUCUGUUUCCGUCAACAAACCGUCUCCCUACACUGAGCUCACCAACAACAGCACGUGGAACUUGUGACUCAGCCUUCUGUACUCCAUUAGCUGACUUACUCGCGCCUCGCUAGGACAACACACAUACAAUAAGUUCAUUAAUGGGUAACCUUGGUGAACCACUGUGGGGGGGGGGGGGGGACCAUUCAGGCCCAUUCAGAUGAGCAGGCACAUUCUCUUUCACCGUAGCGAAAGCCCUCACUGACUGGUUGCUUCCACUGGAGUUAUUGUCAUAUUUCACCGGUUUGAGAUAAACAAGCAGACUUGCUGUUGAUUUAUGCCAUUCUUACUUAUCAUGUUUUUUAUUAUCUCUUUUAUUAUUUGAUUGACGCAUAUGCGUCCCUUCUGCUGUUGAUGAGUAAAAAUGAUUGACUAUUAUUAUAUUGUUAUUAAAGCUAUCUUUAGUCACA